CGGCAGUCGGUUGCAGAAUAUGUCUGCGACUGAAACAAUUUCUUUCUACAAUGUUCACCCCCACCACCAACAACAACACACGUGUAACUACACUCUUCGAACUUUGGGAGAUAUCCCUUCAUUUUUUCAGCAAUCAACCACAUCCGAACUUUCGUCAAAGCAUUUAGUUGUAUUGGGAUUUGUCAGCGUUCUCGUUACCAUGACAAUUUUGGGUAAUACUUUAAUUUGUGUCGCUGCUGCAACCAAUCGCCAGUUAAGACACCGGUCCAACGUGUUCUUUGUCUCUUUAGCCAUCACAAAUUUGCUGUACGCCGCUAUCGUUAUGACAUUUAGUGUUGCGUACAACAUAUUUCAACCCUCCCUAUUUACGGACGCAGUAUGCAUAUCCUUCCACACUCUGGAUUCACUUUUCUGUGCUUCAUCUAUCCUUCACCUGGUGGCCAUUGCAUUUGAUCGAUUAAUUCACAUAUCCUCUCCCUUAACCUAUUCUCGAACCUGCACAACAAAAAUACACUUUGUUGUGAUUUCUGUGCUGUGGGUUGUUGGUGUUCUGCUCGCCUUCCUGCCCCAGCCUCUGGGCUGUCGUAUUCAUCGGCAUUCAGAAACUGCUUGUUUCCAAAGAACGACGGAUUCGCUGGGUGGACACAAUCAGUGUGGCCAAGAACUGACGCAUGCCGAGGUUUUCGCGCGCACCUGUUAUCACAAAAGCAAAUUGUUCUGUGCACUAUUCCACGCAGUAUUCGUCUUCAUCAUUCCUCUACUAAUUAUGCUCUUGAUCUAUAGCAGACUGUUUCUACUGACUAGGAAGCAUCUUGUACAAAUCAAGAAUCAGAAGCUCACAUCCGAAACAGGGGGCAAACAGGACGAAAAGACAGUCGAAACAAAUAAUCAGUCUUGUAAUCCGAGCUUGAACGGGUGUGCGUCCACAUCAAGUCUGCGAAGCGCCUUCUUUGUGGAUACAGGUGAAGAACUGACAAUGGCCCCGAAGUAUCUAACAGAUUUAGCCGGUUUUCAAGAGCUACCACCGUUAGAAAAACCGAUUGGGACAAAUGUUCCAAGACCAAAGCCACGGCAUUGUAAGUCUGCGCUGGACACUAGAGAGCUGACAUCUUUUGUGAACAACACAUCCAGAACAAAUCUGUUCUCAAGACAAAGAAAUAGCCUGAUUGUCCCGACACAUUCGCUUCUGCGUCGAUACAGUGAUAACAGCAGAUGUUCAAUGCUAAUGUGCUUGAAACCUAAAUUUUCGGUUUUGUCCUCUUCGGCUAAACCUUACAACAACCUGCACUCGGAGUACAAGGCGGCAGUGACCUUGGGCCUCAUCCUAGGAUCUUUCUUGUUGUGCUGGCUUCCAAUGUUCUUGUUGGAUUCGAUCUCAGCCUUGUGCGACUGCAUUCCAAAAAAUCUGUUCUUCGCCGCCACUUGGCUCGGAUAUUCAAACGCCUGUGUGAACCCAAUCAUCUAUUCCGUACUGAACAGCAAGUUCCGAAGAGCGUGCAUCAAACUGUUGUGCAACUGUUGCAGGCCUAAGGAAAAAGACGAACAGUAUGGCUUAGCCAAGCUACGAUUUACCGGAAACACCACCAUUCAGCUAGCACUGGGUACGAUUCCUUGGAAGAACCGAGAUUUUAACGCAUGUGUUGGAAAAGAGGAGAAUACUACCAACCGGUGAAGGCCAAAACGCUGGCGAGGCUGUUUAUCCUUCGAACCGAGCCAUUACUGCGUUCGACAAUAGCAC